AUGAAGCUUUUUAGGUCGCCGUGGGCGACCUUCGCUCUGGGAGCUGCUGCCGGCUCGUGCGCCGCGCUUUGUGCUUGGAAGCUCUACUCCGUCUACUCUGCUGACGAACCGUCUGAAAUCGCGUACAGUUUUGGCCAUGCGGGUCUGGCCUCACUACAGCUUGCAGCAGCAGAGGAGCUAGAGCCGCAUCAUCAUCAGCAGGAGGAGCAGCAGCAGCAGCAGCAGCAGCAGCAGCAGCAGCAGCACCAGGAGAAACAGAGUAACGAGCAGCCCCUGAAACCACCUGAAGAAUCACCUGAUGCUGACCCAGCUCCUGCUGCCGCAGGAAUUUCUCGUCCUUCUGAAUUGCAGCAUGGUGCUAGCAGUCAGGAACCUUCUGGUGGGGGGGAGACACGUGGCAGUGGCGGAUUGGAUGGCCAGGAUCUUGCCAGCCUGGCAGCGGCUGAUGAUGACAUCAUCGUGGAGCAGUUCACCAGGAACAUUCAAAUGUUUGGUCUGCCCGGCCAGCUGGCAGUGCACAGGGCGUUUGUGGUGGUGGUGGGGCUGGGGGGGGUGGGCAGCCAUGCAGCUGCCGCGCUGCUGAGGUGUGGCGUUGGCCGGCUGAGACUCGUUGACUUUGACCAGGUGUCCCUGUCGUCUCUCAAUCGCCAUGCUGUUGCCACGCGGGCAGAUGUGGGUAUUUCCAAGGCGCAGUGCAUGAGGGAGCAUUUUCUUCGCAUCCUGCCCGAAGCACAAGUGGAGGGGAUGACGGCCAUGUACACGGAGGAGAACGAGGAGAAAGUUUUGUCCGGGCAGCCCGACUAUGUCGUGGACUGCAUCGACAACAUCGACACAAAGGUCGCUCUUCUAUCAGCCUGUGUGCGCCGCGGUCUGCCGGUCAUCAGCGCCAUGGGGGCAGGCGCUCGGGCCGACCCCACUCGCAUCCGCAUUGCUGACAUCAGCGAGUCGUCUAUUGACCCACUCUCGCGCGCGGUGCGGCAGCGGUUGCGCAAGGCGCUGGGGGCAGCAGCAGCAGUGGAGGCGGUGUUUUCUCUGGAUCGCCCCAAGGCCAAGCUGCUGCCUGUGGGGGAUGGGGACGGCUCCUUGCAGCCUGCCGACCUCCAGGUGGUUCCAGGGUUCCGUGUAAGAGUCAUCCCCGUGCUGGGAACCAUACCUGCCAUGUUUGGUCUGGCGCUGGCGACACGUGUGGUCACCUCAUUGGCCGGAAUGGACGUGGGAUUUGAGCCGGUGCUAAGGCUCAGUGCAGACCAUUACUCACUGCUGCACCAACGACUGGUGGAGAGAGAGGAAAUGCAGUUUGGAUCGGCAAGUGAAGUGGAGGUGGACAUGGAUGACGUCAUGUUUGUGGUGAGAGAGGUGUGGCGCGGCCGCAGCGCGUGGCAGCUUCUCCGAGAGAAGGAAGCUGCUGAGAAUCUUCUUCAUAGCCGGUCCGGCGAAGGUGCGGGCGAUGUUGGAUCACAGGAGGAGGAGGAGAAGACACGGGGAGAGCAGAGAGGAGAGGGGGAAGAAGGGGGGGGCAUUCAGGGGCAGGGAGAAAGUGCAGGGGGCACUCAGGAGCAGAAUCUGGGAAAUGGAGAAAUGGCAGAGGAGCAACGGGAAGAUCCGGAGAGAGAACAUAGGAGGCAGGAGAAUUGGACUCAGGAGCAGGGAAGGAGCGGACAGCAGCAGCAGAGGAAGAAGGGGGAGCGUAGAAAACGGGCUAUGAAAUCUGCUGGUGAAAGAAAUGGGCGUGGUGGUGGAGGGAGAGGAGGAGGUGGGAAAGGAGGAGGUGGGGGAGGAGGAGGCAUGGAUGUAGGGCGAGCAAUCUGGCGGUCCAUGGGGCACAUGACUCUCACCAGGUGGAAUGCGGCUCUCCCUCCCACCAUCGACAAUCUUGUCCUCUUCACAUUUGACGAGGCGGAAGCACACGAGGCGAUGGCAUUAGAGGAUGUGGAAACUGAGCAGCCAGAGCUCUUUCAAUUGGUGGACGCCACGCUGGAGAGAGCUCGGAGAUUGUACACAUAG